AUGUGCAUCGACUUGAGUCAUGGAUCAGACUUGUGUGAUUAGAAAUCAGAUAAACUCACACGCAUGUGUCAAAGUCUAUAGUCAGUUUUGUUUACAGAGAAAGGAAAACGAAAGAAUCUCAUCAAACAGAGCAGUCAUUUCUCUUAUGCCUGGCAUUUGUAUGUAAGUUGGCAAGGAUGUACCCAUCCUCCUGUGACACAUUCGUAGCCCUGCCUCCAUCCACAGAAGAUCAGAGGGUGGUCUUUGGUAAGAACUCAGACAGACCCUGUGAUGAGGUCCAAGAGGUGGUCUACUUCCCUGCUAAGGAUCAUAAACAAGGAGAAAAAGUGGAGUGUACAUAUAUCGAGAUUGAGCAGGCAGCUCACACAUAUGCAGUUGUGCUGAGUCGACCCGCCUGGUUGUGGGGAGCAGAAAUGGGGGCAAACGAGCAUCAGGUGUGCAUCGGGAACGAGGCGGUGUGGGGCAGAGAGAGCGCGGAUGGGGAAGAAGCUCUCUUGGGCAUGGAUCUUGUCAGGCUGGCUCUGGAGAGGGCCGACACUGCUGAACGGGCUGUAGAUGUUAUAACAGAACUACUGGAAAAAUACGGCCAGGGAGGGAACUGUAUGGAGGAUGAGUGUGGAUUCACAUACCAUAACAGCUUCCUCAUAUCAGACCGUACAGAGGCAUGGGUACUCGAGACGGCUGGGAAAUACUGGGCAGCAGAGAAAAUAGAGGCUGGCUGUCGCAACAUCUCCAAUCAGUACUCCAUCACAACUAAGAUGGAUAAGGAGCACCCCGGUUUGAGGGACUACGCCCAAGAGCAGGGCUGGUGGGAUGGACAGACUCAGUUCAGUUUUGCUGAGGUUUACUCCUUCCAAUCUACAGCCCGAAUGGAGGCCGCAGGCGACAGAUACUGUGAGGGGCGCAGACUUCUGAAGAAAAGCGAAGGCCACAUCACAGCAGAAACCAUGAUGGACAUUUUGAGGGAUAAGGAGAGUGGCAUAAACAUGGAGGGCAUGUUCAUGUCCACAGGAAGUAUGGUGUCAGUGGUUCCUAAAGACCCCUCAUUGCCAGGUGUCCACUUCUUCACUGCUACACCAGACCCAGAAAGGUCUGUGUUUAAGCCGUUUAUAUUUGUAUUGGACAUAAAGCAGUUAAAGCAUACGUGUUCUCCGUGUUAUGGAGAGGAGGAUCCUGUGAAGAAGAAACCCCGUUUCCAGAGCAAACCGAACCGCAAACACCCUCUGUUCCUGAAACACGAGGUGGUUGCUGCUAUCAUCGACAGCACCAGGGAGAGAGGACAGAAGAUUGUUCAGAACUUGAGAGAUCUGGAGAAGCAGAAGAUCACAGAGAUGGAGAAAUAUCUGACAUUUGGAAUUGAGGACCCAACACUGCUGGUUCAUCUCUUUACAGACACUGUAACAGACGAGUUCAGUGUUUACAGUAAAGCCUGAGACUGUCCAACACUCAGUUAGGCACCUCCUGUAUGUUUGGAUAUAAUUUGAGAAUGAAAUGCCUUAUCUAUAAAAUAAUAAUACAGCAGACAGCAAAACUGUUGACACAGAGUACUAGAAUGAUCAGGAGUUGUACUUUCAUAUUUCACUCUAUGUUCUCUGAGCAUGUUUCCGUUGGCAUCUUAUUGUACGUAUGGGAUGUUACAAUAGAAGUAUACUUUUACCAUUGUAAAGUGUCUGUCAAAGAUCUCAAAUGUGAAGUUCAAAUUGUGUUUGUCAUGCCUUGUCAUGUCCAUGUCUACCAUCAUGCCCAUAAUCCAGUGGCAUUUGUUUUAAUUAGAGGACAUCUUUAACACAAACUAAUAUAAAGUAAUUAAUUACAGAA